AUGGGAGGCUUUCCUCUCCUCUUUCAACUUCGUCAUUAUGCACACUCCGGGAAAGCUCAAUCCGGCGGAUCCGGCGUUUCAGGGCCUGUUAUUGGAAUCGAUCUUGGUACCACUAACUCUUGUGUCUCAGUCAUGGAAGGCAAAACCCCAAGAGUGAUUGAAAACGCUGAGGGUGGUCGAACAACACCUUCUGUUGUUGCUUUCACAAAGGAAGGCGAGAAACUUGUUGGUAUUCCUGCAAAACGUCAAGCUUUGGUAAACUACGAAAAUACUUUCUUUGCUACAAAACGUCUUCUGGGCCGGAAAUUCACGGACGCCGAAGUUCAAAAAGACAUCAACCAGGUGCCUUAUAAAAUUGUCAAACAUUCCAAUGGUGAUGCCUGGCUUGAGGCUCGUGGUCUGAAGUACAGUCCAAGUCAGAUCGGUGGUUACGUAGUCCAGAAGAUGAAGGAGACUGCUGAGGGUUACCUGACAAAGGAGGUCAAACACGCAGUUAUCACCGUCCCAGCUUACUUCAACGACGCCCAACGACAAGCCACUAAAGAUGCUGGUGCCAUUGCCAAGCUUGAAGUUUUACGAGUCAUCAACGAACCCACAGCUGCUGCCUUGGCCUACGGUCUUGAUCGAGAUGAGUCUCGUCAAAUUGCUGUUUACGAUUUGGGAGGUGGUACCUUUGAUGUCUCAAUUCUCGAGAUGCAAAAGGGUGUAUUCGAGGUCAAAUCAACAAACGGAGACACCCAUCUCGGUGGUGAAGAUUUCGAUAUUGCUCUUGUUGACCACAUCAUUUCCGAGUUCAAGAAGGACACUGGUAUUGAUCUAAGCAAGGAUCGAAUGGCCAUCCAACGAAUUCGAGAGGCCGCCGAGAAAGCCAAGAUUGAACUAUCAUCUACCGCUCAGACCGAUAUCAACCUACCCUUCAUCACUGCUGACGCAACCGGACCCAAACACAUUGACAUUAAGCUUGGUCGUGCCAAGUUUGAGGCCUUGGUUUCAAACUUAGUAUCAAAGACUGUCGACCCUUGUAAAAAGGCCAUUGCCGACGCCGGUAUCAAGAAGGAAGAGAUUGAUGAUGUCCUACUAGUUGGUGGUAUGACUCGAAUGCCUCGUGUGAUCGAAACUGUCAAGUCGCUCUUUGGUCGUGAACCCAGCAAAGGUGUCAACCCUGAUGAAGCUGUUGCAGUCGGAGCUUCAAUCCAAGCCGGUGUCUUAUCUGGAUCCGUCACCGAUGUUCUCUUGCUCGAUGUCACCCCUCUAUCUCUCGGUAUCGAGACCCUUGGCGGUGUUUUCACACGACUGAUCAACCGAAACACCACUAUCCCUACUAAGAAGUCGUCUGUCUUCUCCACUGCUGCUGAUGGACAGACUGCCGUUGACAUCAAGGUCUUCCAAGGUGAACGAGAACUUGUACGAGACAACAAACUACUUGGCAACUUCCAAUUGGUCGGUAUCCCACCUGCACCCAAGGGAAUUCCUCAAAUCGAAGUCACCUUUGACAUCAAUGCCGAUGGUAUCGUUGAUGUUUCUGCUAAAGACAAAGCCACCAACAAGGAGCAAUCCAUUGUAAUUGCUGCAUCAUCUGGAUUAUCUGACAAGGAAAUUGAGCGAAUGAUGACUGAAGCCGAACAACAUGCGGAAUCCGACAAAGAACGUCGAUCGGUGAUCGAAUCUGCCAACCAAGCUGACAGUGUCUGUGCCGAUACCGAUAAGGCUUUGAAGGAGUUUGGUGACAAGGUUCCAGCAGAGGAGAAGGAGGAAGUUAGCAAGCUUGUUGCCGAAUUACGUGAUUUGGCUGUCAAAGCUCAAAGUGGAGAUGAGUCAAUCAAGGCUGACCAGAUUAAGGAUGCUAUUGGAAAGACCCAACAAAAGAGUCUAGGUCUCUUUGCCAAGGUAAGUCAACGUUUUAUGUGA